CAGUUUUGUCCGUUCUCCCACGACCAGCGUAUCGUGUGCGUGCGAUAGUGUUGUUUAUAAUUACCACACUUUGGGACUCUUUUCUUCCAUUCGGUCUGAUUCCGGAAGCGAUGCGCUAAUCGUGUCGAGUGCUGAAUUCCCGGAAAAAAAGUGAAGUAUUCUGUGUUAGCUAAACGAAACCUACUUUUUUCCCCUGUGCAAACCGUCGUGAAAAAGCAUAAAAAAUGUUCAAGCUGAUUACAUCACGUUCCACUCAGCAAAUAAUUCGGAGUCUGGGUCUGGGCAAAACCUGUUUGAUCGAUGCUGCUGCAGGCAGCAGCAACAGUAGUAACAUCAUCUCUUUCCAACAAAUGCGGCUGAUACAGAGUGUUUCCAGAAAUUUGUCCACCUCCCAGCCGAAACUGCAGAACGAAGAGGUUGAGGUCACAUUUGUACGAGCCAAUGGAGAACGGAUAAAGGCUAAGGGCAAGAUCGGCGAUUCGCUGCUGGACGUGAUUGUCAACAGUCAGAUCGACCUGGACGGUUUCGGGGCAUGCGAGGGUACGCUGACCUGUUCGACAUGCCAUCUGAUCUUCUCGCAGACUGACUACGAUGCACUGCCGGAGAAACCGGGCGAUGAGGAGAUGGACAUGCUGGAUCUGGCCUACGAGUUGACCGAUACCUCCCGGCUCGGGUGCCAGAUAGUGCUGUCGAAGGAUCUGCAAGGGCUGGAAGUACGGGUACCGGCAACGAUCAACGAUGCCAGAAGCUAACAACACCCUUCCUCCCGAGCGAUGUUCUAAACGUUACCGGAUGCACAUAUCGUUUCCUUUGGCAAUAAUUUCCGUUUCUGUUGAGCAUGUUGUCCUUUUAAUUCAAGUAGAUGUAACAUAGAUGGAUGGUCCAUUCAAUGGAUACGCAAGGCAAUAUAAUUUCGAA